UUUGUUUUGAUGCUACAAGUGAUUGCUUUGUUUUAUGGAAACCGUUAAGACUUGAGUAUAUGCGACGAGGAUACGUUCCGAAGGAAGCGGAAUGGCCCGAACGAAGCAGAGUGCGCGAAAGGGCAGACAUAUUAAGGAUAAAAAAUCUAUACAAACAGACGUCUCUGCUGCUAUCAGUCAGAACCAGAACUGUUACGGGAAACCCGGAAAAGUCCAGCUGACGGAUCCUCUAAUGCAAAUCAAAGAAAUCGAUUUCCUCAAUCAACUAGAUACACUCUCCAAAUUCAGUGUUAAUUUUUAUGACUUCAGAUCGCUAUACGCGGACAAGUCGAAAUGUUUACGCGUAUUAUCUCUUGACCAGGCACGCCGCAACUGGUUUCCUAGCAAUGAAUGGAACUGCUUAAAGAAUGCAUUUUCAUACUUGGUUUCAAACGUUGGCCAUAGUAAGGUGCAAAACGCGGGUCAAGUGUUAUGGCUUCGCUGGGCAUUACAAAAGAGUGGAGAUACACCGCUAGCUGUUAUAGCGGACCACGUUGAGCAUUCACAGGAGGCACUGUGCGCGAAGAUGAUUGCUGUGUUUGCGGGCGAAAGAGCACUAGCCAGGUUUCUGUUUGAGAAUUACCUGCACUUCAUCUACAAUGUGAUCAAGAAGAAAAGAGAUCCAAUCUGCCUGUAUGAGCCGCCACAUAAUAUCAUACAAGAUAUUGGAGAAGAGGUGCCGAAACCGAAGCUGCGAAGCGAAUAUGGUUCAGAUGCUGAAAUUCGCAAGCCCAAAGCUUGCAAUGUGGACAUGUUUCUGAAUGUGAUGGAAAAGCAACUACGCAAAUAUAGCUUGAGACAUGAGAGGAGAGGCAGAGACGGAGAUAAAAAUUCUGAUGAGAUAGUUUCGUCCAAUGUGCAGAAACCAAAGGACGUCCUGUUGCACUGGGGAUGUUCAGAUGCCAUUGAAGAUAUUCUUAUUACUCGCAUAAAGGUGCGAGAGAGUUCAAACGAAGACGUAAAUGAAGACGAUGUAAGUGAAGAUGACGAAGAACACGAUGAAGACGGUGAAGUAGGCAAUGAAGAAGAGGAUGAUCAAGAACAGGAAGUCAAACAAGAAGAAGAUGUCAAUCUAGAACAGCCCACCAAGCAAGCCGUGGAUAUCAAUCUAGAACAGCCGACCAAGCAAGCCGUGGAUAUCAACCUAGAACAGCCGAUCAAGCAAGCCGUGGAUAUCAACCUAGAACAGGGAAUCAAGCAAGAGACGAUUGACGAUGAAGUGAAAUUGGAAUAUGUGUAUGAAGCUAUCCUUUCCAUCCGCAACAAUAACUGUUUCUACAAAGCGUAUGCUAGCAGCGAGGAGCUGGCAGUUGAAGCAGUUGCUUCACUUGUGAUACAAGGAGUGUUCGGUAGGAAAUCAUUGGCCAAACUCCUCCUCCGAAGCUACAUAAAUUAUCUCAAUGCAACUCAAUCGCGUGAAAUUCCCAGGCCACAAUUGUUUUUGAGACUCCAGAAACCACCAGCGUCGGAAGAGCCAGUUGAUGGACCCAAAGUUCAAAUCACAAGAGAUCGUCUUCCUUGCCUCCUUAUGCAAUUAAUAGAAGCAAGGUCGAUAUUUGAUCCUGAAACCAGGCAUGAGAUUUGGCUCAGAGAGAAUUCAGAGGUGAUGUUUCUGGACAGGGAACGAUUUUUGCACUGUAUGUCUCCGAGUAAAGCUCUUGCAGAUGUGGAAAAGUUAUCAUUGGAUCAGUUCGAUGUUUACAAGUAUCAGAUGGGUGGAAGAAAGGGAUUGGUUUAUGGAUGUGUGAAUAAUGCACUCAAGAAUAACAUCAAACACCAGGCAUACUCGACUAAUCUGCUGGUGGCAUUUGAGGCUGCAUGUGCUAUGUACUUGAGUUUGGAAUAUUCUAGAAGAGGAGGGAGCGAGCUUGCAUGUGAGACGCUUUUUAGAUUUGAGAUUCUUUUCGGAAGAUUUUUUCUUUGCUACAAAAAACUAAGAAUCAAAGAGAACGCUAGAGAUUGUUACAAGUACGCAAUUAAAGCUUCAGAGCCUGAUAUUAGAUUGGAGUUGGAACUAGAACGAGAAGCAUUCGAUAAGACAGUUGCUACUGUGAACGAGAACCACAGGGUUAAACUAAACAAUAUGUACUCGGUACAGAUGAUGCAACAUUACUUGUCUGGUAAUAUAAAACGGAUUAUGAUGCGAUACGCUGCUAUAAAUCCCCCUUUGAAGCAAAAGGCUGAGUUUCUUCAGCCAGACCUUGCUGCUUGGAAUCCAGUAUCAAUUGCGGGAUUCGAAGGGCCGCCAAGAAGAACGAGUUAUCAGAGUCUUUUGACAGACCAGCUUUUCAUGAAUUGUGAGCCGAAAUUGUUUUUCAUAGAUGGCUCAUUUAUUGUGAACUUAAAAGUUAAUAACUCCAACUACAAUUUCACGGCCAAGUCUGCAAACUCGAUUGAAGAUGCUCUAAUGUUGGCGAGUCAACGAGCUCAAUGUGCGUUGCAUUCGGACAAAGGAGCUCUCCUAGGCAUGCAGAAAGACUUAACGUCCAUGUUGCAAUAUCUAGCGGAAAACUGUAACGUGACCCUAGAUGACCUUUCUGCAAGAGUUGACCAAUUGGGACCUGACAAGUUCUCUGCGUCUGUAACCUUUAAAGGAAUGGCAGUCCGUUCAUUGGUACAUCAAACCAAAAAUGAGGCUUUACUUAAUGUAGUGUCCCAGUGCUUCAGAGAUGCAGUGAACAACCCGUAAAAAACCGAAUCUAUAAAUUUUAGUUUGUUACUUAAAAUCUGGAAUUUAGUUUAGUUACUAACCAAAAACAAUAUGCAAACAAUACAAAGGUGCAAUCAAAUUAUUUCUGUUGAGCCAAAUCUAAGUUUGAUACUUGAACUUCAUUUAUAUAUCUCAUAUAAGGUCUCGAUGAUAUAUAAUAAAUAACAUAUUCAUCUGGAUGUGCUUAUUUGAAAUAGAAAAGAAUCGCUUUUUAGCGUUAAUUUAUUUUUGUUUCCAAA